AUGAAUUCAGCCUCAUUCUCAGCAAAACAGUAUGAAGAUGAUAAGAAAUUUCACAUAAUCCUUGCAGCCACUGGCUCAGUCGCCACUAUAAAGCUUCCCAAUAUCGCCGAGGCCUUAUGUUCCCAUCCGUCUAUCUCAUUACGAAUAAUAGUAACUCAAUCAGCUGAAAGAUUUCUCUUUGACCAAAGCCAUGAGCAGCCUGCUUUGGAUAGCCUUCAGCAGAUCAAGGGAGUGGAUGCAAUCUACCGGGAUGACGAUGAAUGGGCAACACCAUGGACUCGUGGAGCAAAUAUCUUACACAUUGAAUUACGCAAGCUAACGAUCAACAAGUGGGCACAUAUGUUGCUGAUCGCUCCCCUAUCAGCCAAUACAAUGGCGAAGAUGAGUGUGGGCAUUGCAGACAACCUCCUACUGUCGGUGGUGCGGGCCUGGGACACAACUGGUCUGGUCGAUCAAGAUUUCAAGGCUCAAAAACCACGGAUUUUCGUGGCCCCUGCCAUGAAUAGCGCCAUGUGGCAUCAACCAAUCACACGGCAGAAUCUCGGCAUCCUAAGAGACCAAUGGGGAUGGAGUCCCACAAAUCCGGCGGGAUGGGUGACUGUACUUCCCCCGAUAGAUAAGCCUCUUGCCUGUGGGGAUGUGGGGAGUGGUGGAAUGAUGGACUGGAGAGAUAUUGUCCGUAACGUGGAAGAGCACUUGGGUCUCUCAGUGGCUCAAUCUUGA